AUGUCCUCUCACCCCCCUGCAGCGUCAGCAGACUCCCCCGCCUUGUCCAAGUCGGCCAAGAAGAAGGCCAAGAAGGCGGCAAAGGUGGCAAAGCAACAGAGCGUCGACGCCACUGUCCUUGCUCCCGUUGACGACGACCUGUCUUCCUCGACUGGGUUCAGGUGUCACUACGGUCUCAACCCCGCAGCUGACUUUCCCUCAAAGGCUCUCGAGCCAUACUACGAGGAAGCAGUCGCCAAACUCGGCAUCGACCCCGCCGCAGCCGCUGUCGCCAACGUCGCCGCUACCGCUGCACGCACCGGUACCCUUCCUGCCGACCACCUCAGCUUUGCAAGCUACGCUUUCGAUAGCCCACUCGGUGCUCCUCCUGGUGACAACCCAUUCGCGGCUGGCUUUUCCCCAUCCGUCGGCAUAGGACACGACGAGCUCCUGGAGACCGCCAACGAAUUAUUCCGCAGGAUGCACUACGACUCGUAUGGAGAGGACGAUCCGUACUGGUCCUCCCUUCCGGCGCAUGUGCGCCAAUUCAUCCGCGAGGCGAUACCGUUCAACGGACAGAGCAAUCCCUCCACCGAUCCUCAUGCUACGCAAAAGGACCUGUACGCGAUGGCCCAGCGUAUCGUCCAGGCUGCAAGCCAUGGGAUAGGGUUCCAAGCGUUAAACUCUAUCAACGGUAGAGCCCACAUGCCUUCUAGCAUUGCCGAGGACUUGGGGUUCCACAACCACCCAAACCACCCCGACACACCUGCCCGCGAGGACGAGUACGAGGAGGAGGACGACUUUGACGAGGAGCCCGAACCUGGACAGGUCCAGCCCAACGGCGACGCGCCAAAGAAGAAGAACAAGAAGAAGAAGAAGAAGCCGUCGCAGGCGGUCGAGCCACCCCCAGCGACCCUCCCACCUCCCGCUGUCAAGCAACCACCUCGGCAACCGGUACCUCCGCAGCCCCAACCUCCUAUUCCCCAACCUCAAUUGAAUCCUCCACCGCCGCCCGUCGCGGCGGCUCCGCCGGCUCAGCCCCCGCCCAGUUCACGUGCGGCGGGCAAGCAGCCCAUGACCCAUGCGCCCGCUGCUGCGGCCAACCCACCGGCGCGAUCUGCGCGCGCGGCCGGGAAAGCACCCGUCUCGGCGACGCCGCAUACACACCACAACCACACCCACCCCCCGCCACCCAAGCCGGCAAGCAAGGGGAAGGCAGCGUCGCCUGCUCAACCAGCAAAGAUUUGGACGGCUGCGACUCCCGAGGAGCGCGAGGCCAUCACCCAGUUCUGGCUCAGAUUGAGCGACGCGGAUCGCCGGGAGCUUCUCCAACUCGAGAAGGACUCUGUGCUCAAGCGCAUGAAGGAGCAGCAGCGUCAUUCCUGCGGCUGCGCCGUGUGUGGGCGGAAAAAGGUCAACAUCGAGAUGGAAUUGGAGCAGCUCUACCACGGCUAUUACGCCGACUUGGAGCAGUACACGUCACACCAACGCGCCGCGAUGACUAGCCAGGACUGCCCUCCACCUCCCGGUGCGGGACCAUUCCCAGGCAGCGUCGAGAUCGACUCGAGCGGCCAGCUCCUCAAACUCGACCACCUCGCGCCAAAUCAGUCACAUCAUCCAAGCGUGGAUGACAGCUUUGACGAGGACGAGGACGAUGAGGACUUUGAGGAUGAGGAGGAGCUGGACGACGACGACCUCGCGUCUGAGGAAGCUGGUACCGACUACGCACGCAAACACAAAGCCGUCGCACCUCGGCCAGAGGGGUCUAACGACUUCUUCGGCUUUGGCAAGAACCUCGCUACCAUCAAAGGAAUAAUCACGGUUGCCGAUGACAUGCUCAAGAACGACGGAGCCAAAUUCCUGGAGAUGAUGGAGCUCCUGGCUCAGAAACGCGGGUCCCGCGAGGAAGUCAACGCGCGCGAACUCCAGCAGGAAGAAACGGACGAGGAUGACGACGACGACGACGACGACAUCUCCGAGUCCCAGAGAAUGGAGGACGGCCGUCGCAUGUUCUCGAUCUUCGCCGCGCGCAUGUUCGAGACGCGCGUCCUCACCGCAUAUCGCGAGUGCGUCGCCAAAGAGCGUGAGGAGCAGCUGCUCCGGGAGCUCGAGGCCGAGGAGGAGGGACAGCGGGCCAAGCAGGAGAAGAAGGCCAAGGAGGCGCAGCGGAAGCGCGACAAGAAGAAGGCUCAGAAGCAACGGCAAGACGACGAGCGUGCCGCGCGCGAGGCUGCCGCCGCCGAAGAGGCGCUAGCUGCCAAGGCGAAGGCCGCCGAGGACGCCAAGGAACGUCACCGUCGACAGGAGGAGGAGCGCGCACGCCGAGAGGCUGCCAAGCGUGCUGCCCUGGAAGAGGCGGCACGGAAGGAAGCCGAGCGCCGGAAGCGCCAGGAGGAGGAGCGCGCGCGGGAGGAGGAGGCUGCACGCAAGAAGCGCGAGCGCGAAGAGAAGAUCAAGAAGGAGCGCGAGGCACGCGAGCGCGAGGCCAAGGAGAAGGAGCGCCGCGAGCGCGAGGAGAAGGAGCGGCUUGCCAAGGAGAAGGCCGAGAAGGAGCGCAUCGCUCGCGAGGCGCGCGAGAAAGCCGACAAGGAACGGCAGGCCAAGCUCGAGGAAGAGCGCCUCGAGAAGCAGCGUCGCGACGCCGAGCAGCAGCGCAAGAUGAUCGCAGCCCAGCAAGCGUCUCGCGAGAAGGCUGCUGCCGAGAAGGAGAAGGCCGAGAGGGCCGCCGCCGCCGAGCGUGCCAAGGCUGCCGCCACUACUCCUAUCCGCCUUGUGCCUGGUGUCGGAUCCUCGCGUAAGCCUUCGUUCCCUCCUCCGCCUGGUGCUCGCAACGGGCCGAGUCCUCCUGGAGCAAGCCCAGCGCCGAUUCAGGCCUCGGGCUCGUCCCAGGUCCUGUCGCCCUCCCCGACCUCUGGGCGUACGCCUAUCUCGUCGCGCAUCACUCCCAAGGCGCCUCAGUUCGGAACCUUCCAGCAGCAGGCUGUGCCGUCGAUGGUUGCUCGUCCAUCUCAGGCUCCACCGCCCGGCUUCGGCUAUGCGUCUGGGUCAAGCUACACACGCCAGACGUACCGUGCUACGUCACCUGUGUUCACCGGCCAGCCCACGAACGGCCAAAUGUUCGCCAGUGCGUCGUCGACUGGCUCGCCCUCCUCAUCCAUGCCUCGGAGCUUCGGUGCCACACCGGACAAUGCCUUCGACGCGUUCGACCCUCCCCGCCCAACCUUGGGAAUGGGCUACAUGGGCAAGUCCGGAACUCCAACCCGGACACCCGACGAGCCGUUCCGCGCAGGUGCCAUCGGGCAGCGCGUUCCGUCUGGACCCGGUGGACUGUUCUCUCCUAGUGAGGACGACUUUGCACCGCGCGAUCCAAUCGCCCAGCCUAUCGGGCCUCCCCCUCCCGGACCCAUCGGCUCCCGGCCACCAGGACUGUUCGACGCAGCCCCAGCUCCUCCCGCAGCUGCGAUUGGCGUCGGCGCACCCCUCGGCGCGAUUGGCAGCGAACGUCUCUCACCGUCCCAGCCCGACAAGGUGCUGGGAUCGGCGGCGCUGGGCGGCGACGAGGUCGUGACAGACACGCGUCGCGCACCACCGCAGUGGAGCAGCAAGCCGAUGCCCGGAGCCAUUGGCGGAGGACCCAUCGGCGGCGGAGGUGCUGGACGGUGGUCUGCCGCUCCUGGACGCGCGAACUGGGCACCUCCUUCGCCAUGGACCCUGCCUUCUGGCCCAGGUGCCUUCGGCUCGUCCAUGGCCGGUGUCACGGCGGGCAUGGGCAGCCUAGCCGUCGGAGGUGGUGCGACGCCGUUCGGCGCGCCCGGUGGUCCCAGCAUGCUCGGCGCUCCAGGAGAGAUGCGGCAGACCGACCUCGCGCCUGGCGCUCCACCUCCCGGCUUCGGAAUGCCCGCAGCCCAGCACCACCAACUGGGACUCGACCAGCGCGGAGGGCGCAACUUUAGCGGUGCGCCCGGCCAGUUCUACGGGCAGAACAUGUUCAAUCAGGGCGGCCAGUAA